UACAGGCUGCUAAACCCCAGUUCCGACCCAGUUCCCUAUAGCUAGCUGGGCACUGGGCGCAGGCGCGGCCCGAGGGGGGGCGGAGCCAGUUGAAAUUCACUGUAAAAGUCGCGUGUUCGGCCGCACCUCUCGAACAUAUCCUAGAGAUUGGAAAAAAAUUCGUUGUAGGCUUAAAGCGCCGAGAUCCAGACGGAGACGAAGGGCUAGAAAAGGACGACAAUGCCGAACCUGGGCCCGUGGUGUCUGGGGCUCACGCUUUCGCUGGCCUUCGUGCCUCCCCUGCUGAGCGCUCCUACAACUGAAGGCCCAGGGUACAGGAAGCGCGAGAAUCCGUUGGACUUGGUCGGGGUCGACUAUUUGAGAGAUGGUCUGAACGUUCUCUUGAUCGUCGUGGAUGACCUUCGGCCUGCCCUAGGCUGCUAUGGAGAGGUUCUCGUGAAAUCUCCAAACAUUGAUCAGCUGGCCUCUCGGAGUGUGGUGUUCCAAAACGCCUUUGCCCAACAAGCUGUCUGUGCCCCAAGUAGAGUGUCUUUUUUAACUGGGCGAAGACCGGACACUACCAGAUUGUACGACUUCAAUUCCUACUGGAGAGUACAUUCGGGAAACUAUUCUACAAUCCCUCAAUAUUUCAAGGAGAAUGGCUACGUGACUUUGUCAGUUGGAAAAGUGUUUCACCCUGGAAUUUCUUCUAAUCAUAGUGAUGAUUUUCCAUACAGCUGGUCUGUUCCACCUUUUCACCCCUCCUCUGAACAGUAUGAAAAUAGCAAGACAUGUAAAGGUCAGGAUGAAGAACUUCAUGCCAACUUGAUUUGCCCUGUGGAUGUAGCUGAUAUGCCGGAAGGUACCUUGCCUGAUAAACAGAGCACCGAAGAAGCCAUACGAUUGCUAGAAAAGAUGAAAAGAGUUGAUGACCUUUUCUUUCUGGCUGUUGGCUAUCAUAAACCUCACAUCCCAUUCAGAUACCCCAAGGAAUUUCAGAAGUUGUAUCCCUUGGAAAAUAUUACCUUGGCUCCGGAUCCUCAUAUCCCUUUUGGACUACCCCCUGUGGCCUAUAACCCCUGGAUGGAUAUCAGGGAGAGGGAAGAUGUCCAGGCUUUAAACAUCAGCGUUCCUUAUGGCCCAAUUCCUGCAGAGUUUCAGCGGAAAAUCCGUCAGAGUUAUUUUGCAUCCGUCUCUUACUUGGACUCACAAGUUGGUCACCUGUUAAAUGCUUUGGAUGAACUUCAGCUCUCUAACAACACAAUUGUCGCUUUUGUAUCUGAUCAUGGAUGGGCUCUGGGUGAACAUGGAGAAUGGGCCAAGUACAGCAAUUUUGAUGUAGCUACUCGAGUGCCCCUGAUGUUUUAUGUCCCUGGAAGGACUGCUUCAUUUACUUCUCCAGGACAGAAGCUUUUUCCUUACAUUGAUCCCUUUGACUCACCGUCACACGUAAAGGUUCCAGGAAGGCGAGCCACGGAGCUUGUUGAACUUGUGUCUCUUUUCCCAACUCUCUCAGAACUUGCCGGACUGAAUAUACCUCCACGCUGCCCAUUUGAGUCCUUUAACAUUGAGUUGUGUGUAGAAGGACCAAGCCUUGUUAGGUAUUUAAACUUCACUGAAUGGGAAGAAGACUUUUUUUACAGCACCAGGAAACCUCUUGAACUCGUUGCAUACAGCCAGUAUCCACGCCCUGCAGAUACCCCUCAGUGGAAUUCUGAUAAGCCACAUUUAAAAGAUAUAAAAAUUAUGGGCUAUUCCAUACGUACAGUAGACUACAGGUUUACUGUAUGGGUCAGCUUCAACCCUGAGAAUUUCACUGCCGAUUUUACUAAUAUCCAUGCAGGUGAGCUGUAUUUUGUAGACAGUGACCCCCUGCAGGAUCAUAAUGUUUAUAAUCAGACCGUGGGCAUAUAUUAAAACUUGAUGGGUCAUUGGGGCCAUAAGUUUUAUAUGACAAACUUCUUGUUUUUUGUUGUUUUAUUUUUAAACACGUUCCUACUCCCUACCUCCACCCUACAUGGUAGCUGUGAGAAUGAACUGAAGAUUUUGUGAUGUUCUGGCCUUGAGAGAAGUGACCCGGAGAGCAGAUAGUUGAGGAGAGGAUAUAUUUCAAGAACCAGUAGUUUAUUACAGCAAAACCGUAAUAAUUGGGGUUUCUUCACUUUGGAAUUUGUGAUCAUUUGGACUGAAGCCUAGGUUGAUGCAUUAUCGAUGAAGAAAAGGCUUGCUAGAAAGUUGACGAGCAUAAAGGAAAGGGAGAAAUAUAUAACUAUUAAGGAAAAGAAAUUGUUUUCAUACAUCCAUUGAUAGAUAGCUUUCUACCAUUAGUAUCCCUUCCGGUGAGUGAUAUUAGGCUUCGGUGUUUAUAAAAGUUCAUUAGUCUGCCUUAAAAAGGUAACGUUUUUGAGGUCAUUCAUGUUUGUAAAGUUGUGAGGUCAGUCAUGGAAUUUAGCAGCUGGAGUAAUGGAAGGCUGUUUUCUUACCUCCAGCCUGUGAAAAUAUUCAUGGUUUCAUCCAUCAUGAAACAUGCCAUUUAAAGGUGUUUGUCUGGUCCUCCAGCAAAGUUUCGCCUGGACGGGGAUCUCUCAUUAUGAUCAUAGUUUCUUGGGGUAUUGGCGUAGCACUUCUUCCUUUAACCCUGGCCAGUCAUCAUUCAGUUCCUUCGAACUCCAAAAAGCUAUGAUCUGAGAUUCUAGGCUGCUAUUGGGUGAAUGAGGAAAAGGCACCCAUGUUUAAAUGACUUCUCCCCUGAAUGUGUAUCUACCCUGCUUCAAAGCAGCCAAAGUUUUUUAUUUUGGAAUGAGUGCAAUGGCCCUGGGCCUCCAGCGGGCCACCCUGCCUCUGAAGAUGGCUCUCCUGGUUGCUCUGGGUGAAGUUUGAGGGAGCCUCCUGAAAUGCUUUUCUCCUCAUCCUGUUGUGUGCACAGCCCAGGGUAUUGUUCCAGUCAAGCAGCAGGCCAUAAAAGAAGAGCAUAGCCAGUGGGGAGAACAAAGAAUUAAGAUCUAGGGUAGUGCUGCUGGCUGUAAUGGGGAGAAAGGGUUAGCGUGUAGACAGUAAAGAGCAAAGAACAAAAGUUAACCAGGUUUUCUUCUUGCUGGCUCUUAAGCCACAGACUAUUAUUUAGGAGGCAAAGAGGGGUUCGCAGCUGUAAAGAGACUGACGUUUACAAAACCCUUGCUCUAAUUUAUUGUUGCUGUUUUAGUAGUGUAUUUUCUAAAACCUUUGCUGGUGAUUUAUAGGCAAAACUCAUUAUUUACCUAACGGGUUUUCUGAAUCCAUCUCUUGCACACUAUUGAAAAAUGUACCCUGGUAUUUGUGUUAAGUGUGUUGUGAUUUAUCAUGAAUAAAUCAUAUUAAAUUUCC